GAGCAGGCGAGACGGCGGGGCUAGAGAGCCCGUUCCGACCUACUGGCACGGCCGGAAGUGCCUGGUUUGGGCUUGCGCUCGCGCUACCAACUUCCGGGCCGGAACUCCUACCUGCGGCUAGUACGCAGACCGCCUCGCGGGGAGUCCGGCUGAUCAGGAUGAUCACAGACGUGCAGCUCGCCAUCUUCGCCAACAUGCUGGGCGUGUCGCUCUUCCUGCUUGUCGUUCUCUAUCACUACGUGGCCGUCAACAAUCCCAAGAAGCAGGAAUGAAAGUGGCGCUUUCUCUGCCCCAGGGUUCCAGGACAUAGUCUGAGGCAAGAUGGAGGGUAUGAGGGGCCUUCACACUUCACUUCAUCCCUCUACCCAUCACAACAUACAAAGCAACUACACCUGGAUUUUUCCAAACAACUUUUAUUUCCUCAAAGUCUUCCUUAACCCUAUGGAACAAGAAGCUGCCACUGAGUAGGGCCCAGUACAGGGGUUUCUUUUCUACUCCCUCCCCCCAAUAUAAAAAUAUAGAUAUA